UUUAAACUUUAAUAAGCCGAGACUCAUUGGCAAUUGAGCAGGCUCCAGGGAGCUGGGGGCAGGAUGUCCCAGGCAGGGAAGCCCAGGCUGCGCUCUUCCAGGUGGAGGCUGGCAGGGGAGGGGCCCAUUGGGCAAGCCCCACACCCUAGAACCCUGGCAGCCAACGCAGAAACGGGCCGAGCAGGAGACCCAAGAGCGGCCUCCAGCCUCAGAGGCCUUUAUUGGGGUAGAGUAAUUGGAGCUGGCCUGGUAGAGCACCCAGGUCAGGCUGGGGCUGAACAGCCCAAAAGGGCUGUAGGGUAGCGCUGCUCUUAAAUCCAGCGGUCCCAGCCCAGAGUCUUACUGCCCAGAAACUCCCAGCCAGGGACAUCCCAGAGGACAGAGACCUCCCGUGGCUGAGGCAGGCCCGCAUGGACGUCCCCAUCAGCAGCAGGGACUUCCGCUGUCUGCAGCUGGCCUGUGCAGCCCUCAGCCUGGUGGCCGGCAGCAUCAUCAUCGGCGUCUCACUGUCCAAGGCUGCAGCGGCCGUGGGCGGCAUCUUCAUCGGAGCUGCUGGGCUGGGGCUCCUCAUCUUGGCCUACCCCUUCCUGAAGGCUCGGCUCAACCUGGACCACAUCCUGCCUGCCAUAGGUGAGGAGCUGGGGUGGUCUCGUCCCGCAGGGAGCCUGAGAAUCCACCCUCAUCCAGGGCCAGACCACACGGAGGGAAGAUCCAGCUCCAAUGGCAAUAAGGAGGGAACCCGCAGCAGCCUGUCCACCGUGAGCAGAACCCUGGAGAAGUUGAAGCCAGGGGGCCGUGGGACUGGGGAUGGCUGA